AUGUCGAACGCAGCUCAGCAAGCUGCUGCGAUAGCAGAGGCCCAUGGCGCGCCGUACAUUCCUCAGGAGCAGGGCCUGGGAGAGACGCCGUCGAUAUUACCUGACGUGCCAGUCUGCGCGGUCUUCCUUUUCUUAUUCAUCCUGGCUGGUGCUGGACACAUGUUCUUGUUGAAGUACAAUGCCAGACACGGCAAAAAGUUCAUCAUAUGCGGCAUGCUCUUCGGCUUCUGCUUCACACGGAUAUUCGCAAACUGUGCUCGAAUAGCAUGGGCUGUCCAUCCUACCAACGUCAAGAUUGGUAUCGCCGCCCAAGUCGCCGUCUAUGCUGGUAUCAUCUUGCUGUUCCUGGCCAACCUCUUUUUCACACAACGAAUCGUGCGAGCACAGCACCCUCACAUUGGCUGGUCCAAGCCAUUCUCGAUCGCCUUUCCUAUGUUAUUCGUCAUUAUAGUGGCAACUAUUCUGGCUCUCAUCGUCGGCGUCAUCUAUUCAUUCUACACACUUAGUGAAUUCACAUUACGCGCCGUACACGACAUUCAGCUCUAUGGCGAAAGUCUUUACGCUGUCGUCUCCUUCCUACCGAUCCCGAUCGUCCUGACCUCUGUAGUUGCUCGAAGGAUUCAAGCGAGGAAGGGCACUGCUAAGCCGGUCGACAAAUUCGGCGCUGGUACCAUGCGCACCAAGAUCGCCAUGAUACUCGGCACAUCAACACUAUUGUGCUUGGGAGCGAGCUGGCGAUGUGCGACACUGUACCUUCCAGUCCGCUACAUCACAGAGCAACCGCCUUGGUACUACAGCAAGACGUGCUUCUACCUGUUCAACUUCACUAUCGAAUGGUGCGUGGUGGCUUUCUGGGGUCUAAUGCGGAUAGACAAGCGCUUCCACAUCCCAAACGGCGCGAAAGGUCCGUAUUCAUAUGGAGGGGGCUUCACAUUCGCUGGCGAGCCUGGUAACGAGAAGAUUGCUCUUGGGAACCGAGACAGUAUGCGCCAUCUUGUGGGCUCAACAGCGACUGGCUGGUCACGAGCACCGAGCUCAAGAGUAUCUUGGGGCGGUACACGCAACUCUAUGGCACGUGAGAGCAGGGUGUCAUGGGGUGGCAUAUCACGAGAAGACGUCUCAGCAGGACUCGGCGAAGACGGCAUUUACGUCAUGCCAUACCCAACAUAUGGCGAGCACACAUACAUUGGUGAUGAAGAAGCAGGACAUCAGCAGCAUCAUCACUUGGAGAACGCAGCAGAUAUUGGUAUCGACGGUGUGGAGGCGGAGAUGGGCUGGGAUGCACGAACAGGUCGAUGGGCAUUACGACCUGUGGCUCACAACAACGCUGUGGGAUUGAGCAUCCAGCGACCAAACAGUAACCUCUCACAAAGGUCGGAGAAUUCACCUUUGACUGCUUCGAACUCACCAUUGACUGUGCCGCCGAAAGCUCUCACGAGCCCGAAAUUCCCGCCGGAACCACCAACACUACCGCCAAUCCGGACGGUAUAA